AUCACGAUAUCAUCACUAUAUCUAACUAGAUUUCUAAAUUAAGAUCAAUAAGGCAAUAUUUGUCCAGCACCUCCUCGCCUCGGGGUCAUUAACACUGUCAGAUUCAAACGGUGAAUUGUCAAAAUCCCUUCCAGAACUGCUUCAAAACUCUCUAUUCGAUAUGUGAAAGUGUAUGAUGUUCUUGGAAAAUUAGUGAUAAUGUUCCCUUAAGGGUAAUUCCCUUUAAUACCUUCUGGUCUUCGCAUUAAAACGGUGAAUGUUCAACGUAAAGUGGUAUCACUGAAAUGUGAUACCACAAUUAAAAACGUCACCACGGAUAAGAAUAAGAAAGACGGAAAGCGACCGAAACGAAAAAGAAUAUCCGAUAUGAGGGUUGACAUCCGUGGACUGAAGUGUGGAGUCAAAGCGUGCUCCACACUCCGUGCUGGAGUCAAAGCGGCAAUGUACGAAAGUAGCUGCUCCUAUGGCGGAGCUCUUGAAUUGAAGAGAAGCGCAUUAAAAGAAGACCCCUGGCCGACUACAGAAUGGCCGCCUUACCGCUUACAUCAGUCCACGUUCGAACAACUGAAACAGAGCGUAGAGAAAGCCAAAGCAGCUCUGCAAGACAGAUCUGGGCUGCUGGGUACGGCAACUGCGUUCGGUGACUUUUAUGGAGGACAAUUGGGCCAGGAUACAACGAGCACAAGCCUCGGUUUCGGCAGGACAACGAGAACAGAUGACUCUAUGAUAGCUUCCAUAGACAAAAACAAAGGCUUAGGUUCAGACAAGCUGUCAGGUGGCAUCACUAAGGGCUAUACAUCUUCUUCAACCCUGUCUGAUACACUGAGAGCAACGAAAUGUUCAGAUGCAUCAUAUAAAAGUUCGUGGUCUACACAUGCAACAUCACAGGGUACGCAAGGUUAUGGCAGCAAUUCAUUAUCAGCUAUGUCGAAAUCGACGUUAGACGCACACACACAUCUGCGUCAACCAGAUCCUUACCAAAUGUUUGGUCCUACAAGCAGUCGCCUAGCAAAUUCAGGAUCCGGACAAAUACAACUAUGGCAGUUCCUUUUAGAGCUGUUAAGUGACUCCAGUAAUGCAGGUUGCAUUACUUGGGAGGGUACGAAUGGAGAGUUCAAGCUAACAGACCCGGACGAAGUGGCCAGGAGAUGGGGAGAACGUAAAUCGAAGCCGAAUAUGAACUACGAUAAGCUUAGCCGUGCUUUGAGAUACUACUACGACAAGAAUAUUAUGACGAAGGUCCAUGGUAAACGAUAUGCAUACAAGUUCGAUUUCCAAGGCCUCGCUGCGGCCACGCAACCGGCUGCCAGCGAUCCAGCUUAUAAAUACCAGAGCGAUUUAUUUAUGAGCUCGUAUCACCACUCGGCCAAGCUUUCGUCUUUCAUGGCUCCACACGCAGCUAUGCCAACAUCGACAGCUUCAAUAUUCCCGUCAGCUUCGUGGAGCAACUGGGGUGGAGGAGGAGGCAACCUCUAUUCCCCCCACUCCAUGGCUCCUCCCCACGUGACGUCACACCUGGGCUCCUACCCGCACUACGCAUGACCGGCCUACUAUAACCAUGACACGACAUAUGACAUUGUUUGACUCGAACUUACCAUCGAUACUGUAAACUAUUCUUUUUACUUUAGUAGGUAUAACUGUAUCGUAUUAUAUAAAAGUAUAUAACAUAAAAUACAAUUCGACCCAAGAAUUGAGACGGCUUGAGAAAUGUACCAUACGAAACGGCCUAAUAGUGGGAACUGAGAUUUCAAAUUAGAUUUAUCGUGUUUUUUUUAAUCAAUUAGUUUUACUUAGACAAACUAAGCCAGCAUAUUGUAGUAAAAAAAACGCCAAUGAUAUUUUAUUUAUAAACCGUAUACUCUAAAUGAAUCUCAGGGUAAAUAAAAAUGCCAUUUUGGAUUGAUUGCUAUGUAAUUUUAAAUUUAUUUAUUAAUUAAUUGACAUCUUAACACGAACGUACACGUGGAGUGUGACUAGUCUUUUAUCAAAGAAUGUAAAUAAUAGAUACUCAUUAAAUAAGUAGAACUAUAUUGUUUAUUUAGGAUAUCAAGUAUUAAAAAUUUUAUUCAUCGUAUAACCUUAUCAAAUAUAAGGACUCCUAAAAUGUAAAGCAAUAUUGCAUUUUUUAAACUUUGCAAUCGAAAUUACAUUUAAAUUUUUUAUAAUAUAAUCGAUAACAAUUCCCUGGUUUAAUAAUAAUUAAUUCCAUCGAUAUUUAUUAAUUUAUUGCUCAUGAAUCAAGGCAUCGUUCAAAUUCAAAAAGGCUAAGGGAUGAAAUACUAAAAAAUAUGUCAAAAAUACUCAACGAAUAUAAUAAUACUAAAAUAAUUAAAGUCCAAAAGUCAGUUCAACAAGCCGUAUUUACCGGAACGGUGGCAGCAAGGAAAAGCUGGAGAAUUCCUGAAAAGGGAAAGUUUUGAGAAAAGGUAGUGCUCAUCGUAAGUAAAUUGCUAUGGUCGCUUAAGCAAAAUUCGAAACGCAGGGUGGGAUUAUUUCAUGAAUGCAAAAGUUAGUCUCUCACUUAGGUCAAAAGUUAAAAUUUUGUAAUAGACGCCACAGAGAUUACAAUUUGAGGAACUUUCAGGAAUUCUCAAAACUUUAUCGGCACCGCCGUUCCAUCUUAUAUAUUAUGUCGACUGAUUAACAAAUGAACAAUAAUUUAUGGUAACGCUGUCUUUUUUAAUCAGAAAUAAUCAUAGAAGCAGUUAAAUGGUGAUAGUUAUCUCAGUAUUAAUCUGUAUAAAUUUAUAAUAAGUUGUAGUGUAACAAGAUGAAAUAAGCAAUUUAUAAUUUAAAUAAUUCCUGAAUGUCGAUGAAGUACAAUGGUGUACUAAAUCCAGUAAACUUAGUAACAGAUUUUGCUUUAAGAUUGAUUACACUUUAAAUCUUGUAAUAUUUUUGCCGGUAUUAAGUAUUCCUUAUCUACUAUUUAUGUUGACUACGAUAUCUAUAAAGGCAGUAUUAACAAGUUUUAAUCGAUAGUUGUUAAAUGUGUUUAUACCCGUCAGUAUUAUUAAAAUAUGCACCACAAUGGAAUAAUUUUU